AUGUCUACCAUCGUGCAUCCCACCAACACCACCAAAGGAGCCGACCAUCUGCUCGUCUACGCUCCGCCCCUCUCAUCUUCUGACCCCAUCGAAUUCUCGGAUAUCUCUGAAGCAGAUUUCUUCAUGGACUCCCAGCUUCGCGCUGGUGGUCCCUAUCUUGUUGGUCUCCCAGAUAUAACCACUCCUAUCCAUCCCACCCAUCCUUGCUAUGACAUAUAUCUAAAUAAGGAACUCCUCAUGGAUGGUGCCAAGGAAUAUCUUGAUGAUGCGAAGAUCAUGUAUACAGAGAUUAGCAUACGUCAGCGCUGGUCUAAGAUAUACCCUGAGGCUAUCCCCAUUCCCACCAUGGUGAUCUAUGCCAGACGGCAGAGUCGAAAUGAGCAGUGGCGCGAGGUCGCCAGGGAGAUCUAUGCGUAUUUUAAACGGCAAGGCUUUGAGGAUCUCCGCGUUGAUAUUAUAGAUGAAGAGCUUCUCAAGCCCAAACAUGGCGGUGCAAUUACCAAGUCAGAUGAGAUCUUCAGUCAGCAGGAUCAGAUUGAAGAGGAGAUAUGGAAUAUCCUACCGAGUGAGAAGCUGAAAACUGUCUGGUGUGGUCGACGCGGACGAAAGGAGAAUAAUCCUCCAUCCAUAAUAGUCGUUUUUAGUCUGUGGACAAGUGCGCUCUGGCAAUACGACAAGUAUAUCGAUGACAUUCGGACCAUUCUUAUCUGCCAUGAUGUGACGGAUACGGCAAUUCAGUUCUUCAAGGGUGAUAUUGUCGGGGGGUGUGAUUAUGGAACGAGAUUUUCUUAUGGGUGCCAUGUGCCUAAGAAACCUCCAUGUGGAUGUUAA